CCCGCAGUAGCCAACCUCAUCUCUACUUUACCUCUUCUACCUACCCGUACCUGUACAUACUGUGUUCUGAUUCGCCGUAACGAGCCAUAUCCGAGACACUAAACGACACUUCACUUCAUCUCAUCUAGACAAGAUCCAACCACCAACAUGUCGGGAGCCAUUGACGUAGCGAAAAUGUUCGGCCUGCACGGCAAGACGGCCAUCGUCACCGGCGGCACAGGAGGAUUGGGAACGGCAAUGACGACCGCUCUCGCUUCCGCCGGCGCCGACAUCAUCUCGAUUGAAAUCCACAACGAUCCCGGCAGCGAGAGGACGGCGAAGAUCGUCACCGACUGCGGGCGCAAGAUCCGCAAAUACGAAUGCGACGUGUCGAACCUCAAGUCCAUUCGCGCGACGUAUCAGAAGAUCUGGAGUGAUGGUCUGUCGGCCGACAUCCUGCUCAAUUGCGCCGGCAUCCAAAGACGCUCUGAUGCGGCGGAUUUCACGGACGAAGACAUCGACGCUGUCAUCGAUAUUAAUGUCAAGGCUACGCUGGUGUCGUGUCAGGAAUUUGCGAAGAAGUUGAUUGCUGACGGUCGUCCGGGGAAAAUCAUUAACAUUGCUUCGAUUAUCUCGUUUAUUGGCGGGAAGAAUAUCACUCCUUAUGCGGCUUCGAAGGGAGGGGUGAUGCAAGUCACCAAAGCCCUCUCCAACGAAUGGGCCGAGAAGGGGAUUCAGGUCAACUCCAUUCAUCCGGGCUACUUCAAGACGGCAUUGACGGAGCAGUACUCCACGGACCCGAAGUACAAGGACUUCAACAACUACCUAAUGAGUCGCGUGCCGGCGAAGCGAUGGGGCGACCCCAAAGAUCUGUCUGGCGCGGUCAUCUUUUUGGCGAGUGCGGCGAGCGAUUACGUGUCUGGAAGCGGCGUUAUCGUCGAUGGCGGAUUCAUGGGCAUGUAGAGUGUAUAUCAUACCA